AUGGGGGGCAAGUCUGCGAACAAGGCUGGCUACUUCGACAAGCUCAAGGGCUUGUUGGAGGAGUACAAGUCCAUCUUCAUCGUCGAAAUCGACAAUGUCUCGUCCCAGCAGAUGCACGAGAUCCGCCAUGCCCUCCGCGGCAAGGGCGUUGUCCUGAUGGGCAAGAACACCAUGGUUCGCCGUGCCCUCAAGACCUUCGUUCUCGACACCCCCGAGUACGAGAAGCUCCUGCCUCACGUCAAGGGCAACGUCGGUUUCGUCUUCACCAACGAGGACCUUAAGGAGGUUCGCGACGUCGUCCUGUCCAACCGUGUCGCCGCUCCCGCCCGUGCCGGUGCCCUCGCCCCGGUCGAUGUGUGGGUUCCCGCUGGAAACACUGGCAUGGAGCCCGGCAAGACCUCUUUCUUCCAGGCCCUCCAGGUCCCGACCAAGAUCGCCCGUGGUACCAUUGAAAUUACCACCGACCUGAAGCUCGUCGAGGCUGGCACCAAGGUCGGCCCCUCCGAGGCCACCCUGCUCAACAUGCUCAACAUCUCGCCCUUCACCUACGGUAUGGGUAUUGCGCAGGUCUACGACCAGGGCCAGACCUUCCCCGCCGAGAUUCUUGACAUCGGUGAGGAGCAGCUCCUUGCUGUCCUGGCCAAGGCCAUCACCACCAUUGCCACCAUCUCCCUGGCCCUCAACUUCCCCACGCUGCCCUCGGUCAUGCACUCUCUUGUCAACUCGUACAAGAAGGUCCUGGCCGUCGCCAUCGAGACCGAGUACAGCUGGCCCGAGAUCGAGGAGCUCAAGGACCGCAUCGCCAACCCCGAUGCGUACGCCUCGGCCGCUCCUGUCGCUGCCGCCGCCACCGGCGGUGACGCUGCCAAGCCCGCUGAGGAGGAGAAGGAGGAGUCCGAGGAGGAGGAUGAGGGCUUCGGCGGUCUCUUCGACUAA